UGCUCCGGCGCGGCCGGCAGGUGGCGCGCUCCGCCCAGGCGGGGGGCGAUGGCGGCGGCGGAUUUGGGGGCGACUUUGGGCCUAAAAGCGGCUCGGAGCUCGUCAUUAUUUGUAACCAUAGAGCAUGAAUUACCUCUUGAGGUCAUCAGUGAGAAUUUACGACUGGUCAACAAAAGCACGUGACGCCCUAAACGCACCCCCCACCCUCCCCCCAUAUUUGGCCGCAUACAUAGCAAAAACGAAGUACAGUGCAUCGCUAUAAUUCAUUAAUACAUCAUAAAUCGUCAAGCACGGGGGUUAUAACGACCACGAGCCACAAAUCAAGCCCUCCAAAAUAACCCAAAUGAGCUCUUACUUUGUAAACUCGUUCUCAGGGCGCUACCCAAAUGGCCCCGACUAUCAGUUACUAAAUUAUGGGACCGGCAGUUCCAUGAACGGUUCUUACAGAGAUUCAAGCACCAUGCAUUCCAGCUCUUAUGGCUACAACUACAAUGGGAUGGACCUUAGCAUCAACCGCUCAGCCUCCUCCAGUCACUUUGGGGCUGUGGCCGAGGGCUCCCGCGGUUUCCCUUCUCCAGCUCAGGAGAGGUUUAGACAGGCGUCCAGCUGCUCCUUAUCUUCUCCCGACUCCCUGCCCUGCUCCAACAGCGAGAGCCAUGGAGGCAAACCCGCCCCGUCCCCCUCCGAGCAAGCUCCUGCUGCCGCCAGCACCACAAAUUUCACAGAACUAGACGAGACCAGCGCGUCCUCGGGAGCCGACGAGGGCACUCCAAUAAGCGGCAGCAUCCCCCGAGCGCAGGCAGAGCCCAUCGCCACCUCGGCGGCCGCGACAGAAGGGCAGGCACCUCAGAUAUUCCCUUGGAUGAGGAAACUUCACAUUAGCCAUGACAUGACAGGACCAGACGGGAAGAGGGCGAGGACAGCGUACACUCGCUACCAGACCCUGGAGUUGGAAAAGGAAUUCCACUUCAAUAGAUAUCUCACCCGCAGGAGGAGAAUAGAGAUCGCUCACGCUCUCUGCCUCUCCGAGCGCCAGAUCAAAAUCUGGUUCCAGAACCGGCGGAUGAAGUGGAAGAAGGAUAAUAAACUGAAAAGUAUGAGCUUGGCCUCGGCGGGCAGCGCGUUUCAGCCCUAAAAUCCGGCAGGAAUGAAGCGGGAAAUGAUGAUAAUAAUUUUAAAAACAAAAAAAAAAAAAAAAAGGGGGAAAUAAAAAA